UUUUCCUGUGCAUGGAUUUCGAUUGUUUUUAGAAUUUUUUCCUUUCAAUAUUAGGUUUUGCUACUUUGAAUCUUUUCCUAAUGCUAUGACAAACAUUGAGGCUUUAAGCCUCUAUCAAAAUGGUUUUAAACGCCGCUGUACAAAUGUUGAGAGAGGCAGAUGAAUUAAAACAGAAGAUUUUAAAAUUCAAUAGUGGAACGUCAAUGCUCCAAGAUCGCAGCCUUUGGACAACACAACAACAAUUGCAAAAUGUUUAUCAGAAAAUUCUAAUGCUAGACUUAGACUAUGCCUUGGAUAAAAAAGUUGAGCAAGAUCUAUGGAAUGUUGGUUUUAAACAACAGAUUGAAGCAUUACAAGCUAUCUCUAAAGAUAGAAAGAAUCCCCUGCGCAGUGAAGGCCAGGCAAUGCUGUCAUGGGUCCUUCAGGCCGCAGCUGGUUUCUACCUCUGUCUGCUCCAUCAGAUCUGUGCAACUUUCAAACUGGACUUACCAUUUAGACGGCGUGCAUCAUUGCUCGGUUCUGUGGAAGCUUGGGGACCAGGAGCAUCAGCAGCACCGGCGGCUGCGCGCUAUGCGAGUCAGCACUGCCUUGUACACCUAGGAGAUCUGGCUCGGUACCGUCAGCAGUUACGCGUCGCACAUACGUUCUACCGACAUGCACUCGCCGUGUCCCCACAUUCUGGUCAGCCGUAUAACCAACUUGCAUUGGUAGCGUGGCGUCGAGGCAGGCGACUGGCUGCUGUGUACUGGCAUGUAAGGUCAUUACUCGUUAGAGCACCCUUCCCGCCCGCGCCUGUUAACUUAGCGCGAACCCUAGAGGCCGCUAGCCGUGAUGUGAAGGAAGGUCCACCGCUGCCUGUGCUGCCAGGGCUUACCAACAACAUGUCCCACGUGGCUGAAGUCAAGACUGAGAGACUGAACGCACACUCCUAUGUCACAGAGCUCAUCCGAGCCAUUAACUACAUACACACUGUCGAGCAAUUAGAUGCGGCAACAACUCUAGUGAACACUUUGAACACAUCACUAACGCCUUUGAUCGCGACUGACAGCUUUGAGUCUAUGACUCUUAUAAAGAUGUCGUGCGUGUUGAUCUGGCUGGUGCAGUCUUCGAGUGAGGAUCUGAGCUCUGACAGUGCGCUGAGUGCUGACGAAGCGGUAGCAGCGCGGCUGGCAGCAUCGCUGGCUGCAAACACCGUACUGGCCUUGCUGCUGCCCGCUUACACAGCUCCUGAGCCACCAAAGAAGGCAUUACCUGCUUUAAAGGUGUGGCUGCAGUGGGCGGCGGCGCGGGGGCGGGGCCGAGGGCGUGGCGGCGCGCUGCAGGGGGCGGCGUGGCGCGCUCGCCCGCAGCUCUGGCCUGCGCUCGCGCACACGCUCACUGCGCUACUGCCGCGCGCCGCUGCUCUGCCGGCUGACCUCUACGACACAGUUCCCCUGCCUGAAGACGAGGAGCUGCACGGAUUCCUGCCGCUAGAGGAGGCUUUUCAAGGGCUCAAGUUCUCUUACCACACCACGUGGGACACGUACGGUGGUCGCCUGCCGGACAUCGACACCGGACAGGACGGCGAUACAGGGAGUCCGUCGAGCAUCGCGGCUUCGUGCUUCAGCAGCGAGCCCGAGUUGGAAGACAAGGUGCGCGCGCACAGGCUCGUGGCGCUCGGCAAACAGCUCGCCGAGCAGCACGCCGAACAUUUUACGUGCGAAACAGAGGAAGACGGCACGAUACGAUUUAGUGCGUCGGCGGUGGGCGGGGAGCAGCUGCGGCGUGCGCUGGCCGAGCUGAGUGCGGCCGCGGAGCAGGGGGCGGGGCCUGGUGCGGCGGAGGGCGGGGCCGACGACAGCGAGGACGAGGCCCCGCCCCCAGCACCGCCCAUCAUCAUAUCCGAAGCGGAUUUCAGAGAGAAAGUGCGGGAGAAGCGCGUGGGUAUACUGAAGCCGCAGGGGUCUCUGGAGCGAGCACGAGAGGAGCGGGCACGGGAGGAGCGCGCCACUGUGCACGAGGAACACCUGCCUCUGGAAAUUGAAGAAGAGAGCAGCAAAAGCGAAGACAAGAAGGAGGGCCGAAAGGCACGCGUCAACAUCGCCAUGGCCGCCAUCAUGCGCAAGCAGGAGGAGACCAACAAGCAGGUGAAGUUUGCAUCACCGCCGCCAACACCGGACUCAUUGACAGAGGGCAGCGAGUCCGGGGCCAAGGAGGCCGAAAAACUCAAGGUCCUGCAACCAAAGGCCAUCAAGUCCCUUAGCAAUCUGCCUCUAGGCAGGAAAACAGGCGGCAUUCUCUCCCUUAAGGACAAGUCGGCCGGCUACCCUCACCUCGUCAACACAGACCCCGAGCCAUCUAAGAAAACUGAGAAAGACGAGAAGAAGGAUCCCAAGCCCAACACCAACACGAAUCAAAACUCUCAGCAGAGUUACCAACAGAAAUGGCAGGACCAUCCGCCGCAGAAUUGGCCCGUCCAGCCUCAACCAUUCAGCGAGCCACGCGUCGCCUUCCAGAAGACCUACGGCAUCCAGAGCGCAGGUCUCAGCUACAACCCCAACUACCAGAGCGCGCCCGGCUUCGGCCAGGGCAUACGACUACCCGUCGUCAACCCGAAGGAGAUCGACGUGAGGACCGCGGCGCUGCAGAAACAGAACUCCCGCCCCGAGCUCUUCCAAGAGGGGCACAAGUUCACGAACCACGGGUACCAGAUGUCCAGUGACAAGAAGAACUUCCUCAACGACCUGCCGCCGCGCUUCGCCAACCAGUACCGCUACUGGCACAACGCGCAGGAGACCCAGCCCAACGAGAACAAAUUCAGAGAUGAGAACUUCACAAACAACGCGACCUUCGAAUCCCAACCCUUGCGCAGCUGGCCCACACCCCAGCCCGAGUACCCGCAGCCGAUGACCUGGUGGAAGCCGGAGAACUCGCAGGUCUUCAACGCGAACUUCUCCGCUCCGAUGAACGUCCAGCCCAACUUCUAUUCCCCGUCUCCGAUCUCUUCCAACACACCAAAUCCCUACUUAAAUCUGACCUACAACCAGAACCAGGCGCAGAAACCUGACAGUGUGAAUCCUAACUGGCAGGCGACGAUCGGUCAGCCUCAGAUGCCGACGCUCCAGAACCUGGUGACGUCACCCAACUUCAGCGGUGCACUGAACAACUUCGGCUCGUACGGUGCUGGUGUGGGCUACGACGCCGCAAUGUACCCUCAGUUCGCUAACAAGCUCGCCUUCCCCCCCGCACCCCCGAACACGCUCAAACUCGACAAACCCUACCCCAGUAAGGAUGUUGACGAGACGAUCAACUUUGGUGCCAAUGUUAUGGAUCUACAGCAGAGAAAUAUAACCUAUAAUAACGUGAACCAGGACGUGGGCGCAGCUAAUACAUUGGAGCAGGUGAGCGACAGUGGCGCCGCGGGUGUGGUUGCGGGCGGCGCGGGCAACACGUACUCGUUGUUCAGCGCCGCACCAGAACCCGCCGCCUGGCAACAGCGACACCCACACCAGUCUUUAUGGUCGGGGCCGGGCCCCUCUCCACUGGAGCGACUGCUGGAGCAACAGAAGCAGAUGCAGCAGCCUCCCGCCAAGCAGUGAACUCUACAUCAUGUAAUACGUAACUAAACAAAAAUAUAUGAUUGUGUCUGUCUUCACCAUACCUUAUUUGGUUUGGAAGUAAUUCAAUGUCGAAUUUAUUUUUAUAAAGUAAC